GGGGCCUGCUUUCUUCUCGGGCCUCUAAUUUCCCAGCUUUUUCUUUGCCUAAAAUCUCCCACUGUUUAUUUUGAAAUAGGGUCUACAUACUGUGGCGCUCAUUAUGGUCCUGAGUGGGGCACUGUGCUUCCGAAUGAAGGAUUCAGCCUUGAAGGUACUUUACCUGCACGACAACCAGCUGCUGGCUGGAGGGCUGCAUGCGGGGAAGGUCAUUAAAGGUGAGGAGAUCAGCGUCGUCCCAAAUCGGGCACUGGAUGCCAGUCUGUCCCCUGUCAUCCUGGGUGUUCAGGGAGGAAGCCAGUGCCUGUCCUGUGGGACAGAGAAAGAGCCGACUCUGAAACUUGAGCCCGUGAACAUUAUGGAGCUUUACCUCGGGACUAAGGAAUCCAAGAGCUUCACCUUCUACCGGCGGGAUAUGGGCCUCACCUCCAGCUUCGAGUCAGCCGCCUACCCCGGCUGGUUCCUCGGCACUGCGCCCGAAGCUGACCAGCCUGUCAGGCUCACCCAGAUCCCUGAGGAGGCCGCCUCGGACGCUCCCAUCACGGACUUCUACUUUCAGCAAUGUGACUAGGACUGCAUGGUCCCCCAAACUCCCUAGGCAGAGGCAGAGUAGGCAAGGCGGGUGAGGGGCAGGUAGUGAUAGAGGAGCUCCAGGGUGGGUGACUUACUCCUCUCCCUCCCCUUUCCCCUGGGGACUCCCACUCUGAC